CAGGCAAACGUUUGAAAAAGCUGGGUUACUCGCUACAGAAGACCAGGUGUUAUGUGUUGCUGUAGAUGUUCGAUAAUCGUGAUGAUGAUUAUUGUAGAUGACUGGAGUGUGACUUGAAGUCCUGGUUUAGUGCCUUCAGCUGCUGUGUAACCUGAGCCUUGGAUAUAUCCACAGCGGGGCUGGACAACAGUCAGAGUGUUUGAUAGGGGAGAUUUAAGGCUCUUCCCCUCUGUCUUUACUCUCACUGUCUUUCUCCCCCUCACACUUUGUAUUUAAACAUAGCGAAGAGGAAUGCAUUAGGGGGGUCUUGGAGACAUAAUGGCUGUGCCCAGUCUGGGGAAGAUUUUCGGCCUUCUAACUGCUCUGGGGACUCUAACAAGCCUGGUGGUGUGUAAUGAGGAAAGACAGCUGAUCCAUGACUUGUUCAAAGGCUACAACAAGAACACCCGUCCAGCAGUCCAUCCUGAGGAGAAAGUGCAGGUUAUGAUCAAGUUGACGCUGACUAAUCUAAUCUCACUGAAUGAGAAAGAAGAGACUCUUACAACCAACGUAUGGAUUGAAAUUCAAUGGUCUGAUUAUCGCCUUUCCUGGAAUGAAAGCAAUUAUCACGGCAUUCAAGUUAUCCGGGUGCCGUACAACACGGUUUGGCUUCCUGACAUCGUCCUGGAAAACAACAUCGAUGGCCAGUUUGAUGUGGCUUACUACGCCAACGUCCUGAUCAGCAGCAAUGGAUGGAUGUACUGGUUGCCUCCAGCUAUCUAUCGCAGCACCUGUGCCAUUGAAAUCACCUACUUCCCAUUUGACUAUCAAAACUGCACACUGGUAUUCAGGUCCCAGACAUACAGUGCCAACGAGCUGGACCUGAUCUUGGCUGCUGAAAAUGAUGAAACAUUUGAAUGGGUGCACAUUGACCCUGCGGCUUUCACAGAGAAUGGUGAGUGGGCCAUAGUCCAUCGACCUGCCAGGAAGAUGAUCAACACUCGGUAUUCCCCCGACGAUAUCGAGUACCAGGAGAUCAUGUUCAACCUGGUCAUUCAAAGGAAGCCUCUGUUUUACAUCAUCAACAUCAUCCUGCCCUGCUCCCUCAUCUCCUCACUGGUUGUACUGGCCUAUUUCCUUCCUGCUCAAGCUGGAGGACAAAAGUUAACUGUCUCCAUUUCUGUCCUGCUGGCUCAGACUGUCUUCCUGUUUCUAAUUGCUCAAAAGGUCCCUGAGACAUCUCUCUCUGUCCCUCUGAUUGGAAAGUACAUCAUUUUUGUCAUGUGUGUCACAACUCUCAUUGCAACCAAUCAGAUUGUGGUGCUAAACUACUCACUGCGCAGCCCUAGCACUCACAUCAUGUCCCAAUCCGUUAAGCAUUUGUUCUUGGAAAUGGUGCCUCGCUUCUUAGGCAUGUCCCCACUGGUGGACGAUAGCGAGGGGACAGCAGAGGCAAAUGGACUGAAGGAGCGACGGCGCAGCUCCUUCGGACUCAUGCAGAGAGCAGAGGAAUAUGUGCUGAAACAACCUCGGAGUGAAAUGAUGUUCGACAAACAAAGAGAGAGGCACGGCCUCACUCGAUCAAUCAUAAAUAAUUUAGACGUCAGCAGCACUGCAAACCUCUACAAGAGUCUGGCACAGGCAGCCCCUGAGAUUAAGCAGUGUGUGGAUGCCUGCAACUUUAUUGCUGAGAGUAAAAGACACCAAAAUGAAAUUGGAUCUGAAAUUGAAAGCUGGGUUCUGAUAGGAAAGAUGAUCGACAAGGUGUGUUUCUGGGCCGCCAUCCUCCUCUUCAUCAUUGGCACAGUGGGAAUCUUCCUCACAGGGCACUUCAACCGAGCGCCAGACUUUCCUUUUCCUGGAGAAAACAAGAAAUAUGCUCCAGAUUCUUAGAAGAAGAAAGCUUAUCUACUGCUGCUGUUGAAGCAUUGAUCAGAUUGGUGUUUCCAGAUGCUGUCUACAAGCUUGUGAACUCCAAAGGUUACGCUGUGGGUUGGGUCAGGUUUAAUAAACCUGUCAGAGACACACUGGACACCCGUUUGGCAGCUGAGAGUUUAAUUUUAGUUAACAAUUUUGGCAUGUUUUUUGUUGUUGUUGUUGUUGUUUGUUUUUUUAGAAUAAUUCAAUAAAGCUUUGUUUUAAAAUUGAGGCAAUCCUCAGGAAAACUAUUUGGGAAUUUGGUUUGUGUUUUACCUCUGACCGCACAAGAGGUGGAAACGGAUGUUAAGGUGUAUUUGUGCUUUAAUGAAAUGUUAAAGCUGUCUUUUAAAAUGUUAUUUCACAGGUGGAAAGAGCUUUUUAAUUGAAGACUGAUUCUGAUGUUUGGCUGAUUUAUUUAUACGUCAGGAGCAAACAUGCCUGAUUGUUCGCUGUCUUAAAAUAAAACUCCCAAAGAAAUCUGAAUGAAAGACUUAUUUGCCUUAUGGCAUGUGAAAAACUAAAAACACUUUCUUUAUAUUAUUGUGCGUUUAUUAGUUAAUUUCAUCUAUAUUUUUAUGUGUAACACUGGACAAAAUAAAGCUGCUUUUAUUAUGUAAUAAAUGUAAAAGGGGCAUUUCAAA